GUUGCGAAGAACCACUUCCGGGGGAGCGGCGCGCGGCGGUGCGGGAGAAGUUGACCCUGCAGAGUGGUGAGUCAGAGAAGACCUCAGAUAGCAGGCAGCUGGGGCCAUGGCCUCCGACCUGGACUUCUCACCUCCCGAGGUGCCCGAGCCCACCUUCCUGGAGAACCUGCUACGGUACGGACUGUUCCUGGGCGCCAUCUUCCAGCUCAUCUGUGUGCUAGCCAUCAUCAUACCCAUUCCCAAGUCCCACGAGGCGGUGGGAAGGAGGGCCCGGCCUGCUGGAGAAGGGGCCGUGCUUGGUCUGGGACAGCUGAGGUGGAGGUGCCUGGCAGACUCCAUCCAGCCUCAGUCAUCUGACAGACGGCUGGAUCAGCAGAGAGGUCUGGGAGGUGCCAGAGAAGAUGCGGCACCUGACAGAAGUUACAUAAACCGUGUCAGCACAGAGGGAGAGGCUGGGGGAGUCCAGAGCUGCAAUCAGAGACCUGGCCAGAGGAAGGGCUUGGCCCCCUCAUUAUCUUGGGAAGAUCACCCGUGGGUGCCUGGGACUGGGCAGAGCCUUUACAUCGGGUGUCUCUGCUGGCAGGGUGGAGAGGAGACGAUGCUGGCCAAGAAGCGGGAGCUGCCAGGCCUCUGGACUGGGCCUCUGGGUGGGAACGGCCCCUCCCCAGCCAAGGUCCUGCCUCCUCUAUAGGGCAGAGGCCUGGGCCAGGGGCUGAUGGAUGAGCUGGGAAGCACAGAGCUGGAAGCUAGGGGUUGGCCAAUUAAACAGGGAGAAAUAUUUUUCUCUUCCAGAAAAAGUGUGUUCACUCCUCAUAUUCUUGUCUGCUUUUUGUUGUCCCAUUUUUAAUAAAAGAGUACAGGUUCUGAGAAGCAUUUUCUUACCAUUGUGUUGGGGGGCACCAGGGCCUUGGGGGGCAUGACUCUUGAAUAAAGGGGGCAGCUGCCACUCACCCCAUUUCUUCCAGGAAGGGAUUCAGGGCUAGUGUCACUGGAUGUUUUCAAGAAAGCUAGGAAUCCAGAUUUGAAUGGGAAGUCUCCCAGCUGGCUCAAAUUCUUAAAAAUAAACUCGGCAGGCUAAGUGCAGUCCGCCUGUGGGCCGGACAAGGCCCGGGAGCUGCCGUUAGUGUUCUCUGAGCGAGACGGCCCUUGCUAAUGUUCCGCCUGGCUGUGGCCCACUGGGCUUGAUCACCCCGGGGAGGAGGGGACACUCAGCAGGACUGAGUCCUCCAGAUUCUUCUGACAUGAGCCUGAGUGGCUGGCGUGGGCCACGGCCCUUCCCCAGAGCCUACUUUCUUUAUCAGCACAACGAAGGCCAGGGCUGGAUCUGCGGUUUGGAACCUUUUUUAAGCAGCAGAACCUUUGUUUAAACCAAACCUCACAGGGAAGAAAUCACAACAUACACGACAUAGAAACUAAAGCUCCUCCAGUCCUAGGGAGAAGCUAGAGCUCUGCCCCGGCUGCCCCCUGCCCUCCCCCAUGAGGCACCUCUGCCAGGCCCCACCGAACAGCGCAGCUACUCCACGCCUCCCGGCCCUGGCAUUCAGCAGGUGGAAUGGGAGAACAGCAGGGUCAGGAGAGUAAGCCACAGCGGGGCUGCCCCACGGCUGGCUUCUCAUCCAAAUUCUGACCAGACCCUGCCCAGGGUGAGCCUCUGGGUCCAGCCACAUUUACUGGUGCCCUCCAUGCAUUGUUGCUUCCUCACAUCAGCCCUCCACGGUGUGCAUCGCUGUUUCCAUUUCACAGCGGGGUAAACCAAGGCGCAGAAAGGAGAAGCGAGUUGCCCACAAGGUCACUUGGCUAGAACGUGAACGUGGAGGAGCCUAGAUUUCUCCCAGGCCUGUGAGACUCCAAAGGCUUCCCCGUCCCCUUCGGGCCUCCCUUAUUUUUCCCGAGAACUGUCCUGCUCCUGGGGCAGUCCUGUGGACAUGUCCACCCACGGUGUCCAUCCCUUGUGUUUCUAUGGCGUGCUUUAGUUUGCAUAGUCCCUUCAGACAUGAUCUCGUUUUGCUGGUGUCAGGUUUGAUUCCUCUAAGCAGAACUCUUUGUU